CAAAGCCUCCAACAUCACCUCUCCCCAAAACCUCCUUCUAGCAAGCUCACGGCCCCCAUAUCCACACGCCCGGAACAGCUCAGAUUGACAUUGCAAUCAACUCCAAUAGAAAGAAGAGAAACGCUACACCAAGAUGACGGAAGAAUACAAGUACGAGUACUUCAACGUCAGCUUCCCAGCGGAAUAUGUCGCACAUGUGGAGAUCAAUCGGCCGGAGAAGUUGAAUGCGUUUGUGGAGCAGAUGUGGCUCAACCUGUCCACCAUCUUCCGCCGCCUGAGCCCAGACCCCUCCGUCCGCUCCAUAAUCCUAACCGGCGCCGGCGACCGCGCCUUCACCGCAGGCCUAGAUGUUCAAGCGGCAUCCCAAGGCACCCUCGGCCGCCCCUCCGCAGACCCCGCCCGCGCCGCAAACUCCCUCCGCCGCCACAUCCACGAAUUCCAACAAUGCGUCACCGACGUGGAGAAGUGUGAGAAACCCGUCAUAGCCGUCCUCCACGGGAUAUCCUUCGGCCUAGCCCUGGACCUCAGCCUCGCCUGUGACAUACGCCUCAGCACGACCUCAACGCGCUUCUCGGUAAAAGAAGUCGACAUCGGGCUCGCCGCGGACAUCGGCACAUUAUCGCGGCUGCCCAAAGCCGUGGGCAACUCCUCCUGGGUGAAAGAGAUUUGCUUAACGGCCCGGAUCUUCGGGGGCGAGGAGGCGCAGAGUGUAGGGCUCGUGAGCGGCGUGUAUGGGGAUAAGAGCGAGGCGGUGCAGGAGGCUUUGAAGAUUGCGAGUGUGAUUGCGUCGAAGAGUCCUGUUGCUACGAUGGGGACGAAGGAGCUGCUGAAUUAUUCGAGGGAUCAUUCGGUGGCGGAUGGAUUGAACUAUACCGCGAUAUGGAACGCAGCCAUGGUGCAGACGCAAGACGUAAAAGAUGCCAUGUUGAGCGGGCUGCAGAAGCGGAAACCUACGUUCAGUAAGCUGUAAACCGGACACAGAUUCUGAGCUGUAAGAAAGGACUAGACUCGUAUAAAACUAAUGAAUCACUUUCGGCUGGUUUUGGA